GUUUUAUCCUGUUCAAAUCCUGUUCAACCAAUGUUCAAUAUCAAUUGAUGGCUUAACGUCUGUGGCACUGGUACCAAACCCUGCAUCUACUCAAGCAAUCCCUCCGGAUGAACUUAAGACCGGCAUCAUGCACAUGACGCACUCCUGCUAAUAUGAAGUGUUUCACCAUCAGCACCAUCAUUCAUCACAGGAAAAAAUACUAAUCCCAUUGUCUCGGGCUGCGGGAUAUAUAACCUGGUCUACUGUGUUGCUGAUGAAAUUUGCCUAGUCAAUAAUAGCAAUGGCUUCCUCUACGCAAGACCUCAUCCCACAUCUUCAACUCGCGAACACGUUUGGGGCACUGUUUAUUGGGGUUGUCCUUGCAGCGGUUCUCUUUGGUGUCACCAUCGUUCAAGUUUUUAUCUACUUUCAGACACAUAGUGGUACAGGAAUCACAUUCUACAAGUUGGUUGUGAUAUUGCUUUGGAUACUUGACGCUCUGCAUCUGGCCCUGAUCGUCCAUUGCGUCUAUUUUUAUUUAGUGAUCAACUACGCCAAUGUUAGUGCGCUCAAAGAAGUUGUAUGGAGUUCCAAACUUCAGCAAGUAGUGGCCGUUCUCAGCAUCGUUGUGGGCCAUCUCUUAUAUGUUCAUCGCAUAUGGACAGUUAGCAAGGGCCGAUCAAAAGUUCUACCGAUUACAAUGGGCAUCUUCGUCGUCCUAAUUUCAGGUCUUGGUAUCGCCGUUAUUUGGUGCAUAUAUCAGGAAAUCCGUGCAGCCACCGAUAUGGUCAAAACCGAGUGGAUAACAUACGUGUAUUUGGGCACUGUUGCCUUUGUCGAUAUCCUUAUUGCAUCAUCGCUGUGUUAUCUCCUCGCCACGUCCCGUACUGGGUUCUCGAGAUUGGAUUUAUUCGUAACGAAGCUCAUGAUUUAUAUCAUCAAUACAGGCUGUUUGACGAGUAUGUGUUCAAUGGCAGUUAUCAUUUUAUGCGCAGUGAUGCCGAACAACUACAUAUUCGAAGCUGUCGAUUUUUUAUUGAUUAAAUUAUAUGUCAACUCGUACAUCGCACUCCUGAACGCGCGAUACUACUCGCAGCCCCAGGCAGACAGAAUGUAUUCUUCCGAAUAUCAUAUACGUCAUGAUGUCUACCGCCCGAAAUUGCACGUUAGAGCGUUGCAGGAUGAGGAACUCCAGGCAUCCCAGAAGAGCAUGUUUACACAUCCCGAUGAUGGAAUGUUACAUAUCACUCGACCUGUUCAGGCUGUCAUGCCACAGCGGCCGAUUGAGGUGGCGAUGGAAAGGAAUUCUCUCUCUUCAGCGUGAUGAACAAAUUGCGUGGAUCAUUGUCUCCGUAUUCGCGAGAUUAGUGGGACCAGCCAAUAAAUUUGACUUUUUGGUAAUUUAUCGCAGCGUACUACUCGACAUACAGGUGUGGAGGGCAUCAGUUCACUCCCAUCCA